CAGACCUAACCUGAUUUGUGUUUGUUUUCUUAACAGACGGUAGAGAUUCUGUCGCUGCUGUAUUGAACUUCGCCACGGCAAUAAAAGGUGAUCGUUUCGGAACAUCUGAAGCAUCAAUACAGAUGGACCAGCAGCAGGGCCAGUCCUACAUGCUUGCCAGUCUGACGCGGCCCCACUCAGAGCAGCUGCUGCAGGGCCUUCAGCUGCUCCGCCAGGACCAUGAGCUGUGCGACAUCGUUCUGCGGGUGGGCGACGCAAAGAUCCACGCCCAUAAAGUGGUGCUGGCCAGCAUCAGCCCCUACUUCAAGGCCAUGUUCACGGGCAACCUGUCUGAGAAGGAGACCUCCGAGGUGGAGUUCCAGUGCAUCGAUGAGACGGCGCUGCAGGCCAUUGUAGAGUACGCCUAUACCGGUACAGUCUUCAUCUCCCAGGACACGGUGGAAUCCCUCCUGCCUGCCGCCAACCUUCUCCAGGUCAAGUUGGUGCUAAAGGAGUGCUGCAGCUUCCUGGAGAGCCAGCUGGAUGCCGGCAACUGCAUCGGUAUCUCCCGCUUCGCCGAGACCUACGGUUGCCACGACCUUUGCCUGGCCGCCACCAAGUUCAUCUGCGAGAACUUCGAGGAGGUGUGCCAGACAGAGGAGUUCUUCGAACUGACACGCACCGAGCUGGACGAGAUCGUCUCCAACGACUGCUUGAAGGUGGUCACAGAGGAGACGGUGUUCUACGCGCUGGAGUCGUGGAUCAAGUACGACCUGACAGAGCGCCAGCAGCACCUGGCCCAGCUGCUACACUGCGUGCGGCUGCCGCUUCUCAGCGUCAAGUUCCUCACGCGCCUCUACGAGGCCAACCACCUGAUCCGUGACGACCACGCCUGCAAGCACCUGCUAAACGAGGCCCUCAAGUACCACUUCAUGCCCGAGCACCGCCUCUCCUACCAGACGGUGCUGUCCACACGGUCGCGGUGUGCGCCCAAAGUCCUGCUCGCCGUUGGGGGCAAGACUGGACUCUUUGCCACACUUGAGAGCAUGGAGAUGUACUUCCCUCAGACAGACUCGUGGAUUGGCCUGGCGCCACUCAGUGUGCCCCGAUACGAGUUCGGCGUGGCCAUCCUGGACCAGAAGGUCUACGUGGUGGGCGGCAUCGCCACACACAUGCGUCAAGGCAUCAGCUACCGGCGGCACGAAAGCUCGGUGGAACGCUGGGACCCCGACAGCAACACGUGGUCGUCGGUGGAGCGCAUGGCAGAGUGCCGCAGCACGCUGGGCGUGGUGGUGCUGGCGGGCGAGCUGUACGCGCUGGGCGGCUAUGAUGGUCAGUACUACCUGCAGUCGGUGGAGAGGUACGCACCCAAGGUGAAGGAGUGGCAGCCUGUGGCGCCCAUGACCGAGUCGCGCAGCUGCUUCGCCACCGCAGUGCUGGACGGCAUGAUCUACGCCAUCGGGGGCUACGGACCUGCACACAUGAACAGCGUUGAGCGCUAUGACCCGAGUAAAGAUGCCUGGGAAAUGGUAGCUCCCAUGGCUGACAAGCGCAUCAACUUCGGGGUGGGCGUCAUGCUCGGCUUCAUCUUCGUGGUGGGGGGACACAACGGCGUGUCUCACCUGUCCAGCAUCGAGAGGUACGACCCCUACCAAAACCAGUGGACUGCGUGCCGACCCAUGAGUGAGCCUCGCACAGGGGUUGGCGCUGCUGUUGUAGAUAACUACCUCUAUGUGGUCGGGGGUCACUCGGGGUCAUCGUACCUAAACACCGUGCAGCGCUACGAACCCAUCACGGACAGCUGGCUGGAUUCUAGCGGCAUGAUGUGCUGCCGCUGUAACUUUGGCCUAACUGCCCUUUGACCCUAGGAGCUCCAGGAAAGGACUCUCUCCAGAGAGGGACGUGAAGGAAGAAGAAAAAAACGAAUGGUUUUCUUUUGGGGUUUGUUUCUGUUCUUUGUCCUCAACGCCGUCCAGAUCAUCCUCGUUUCGCUCUGCGAUAGCAGAGGGGAGGCGGGGGGAGGGUGGAGUGGCAAAAUCUCACCCCCUGUUGGAUGGGAGGAGUAAGUGCAUGCAGGAUGAAACAGCCAAACUGGCAUCGGGGACCACAAAGAUGACCAGAGACGGAGACCCGAGGAGGAACAGGAGGAUGAGGACGAGGAGGAACGCACAGAUCACAAGAGACGUUCUGGGGAGAAGGACCUGUGUCUUGUCUACCACCUGCUUUUAGGGUCCAGCAAAAGACUCUCUGAGCCAUUUGACCGGAUUAUAGGAGAAUUCAGUCACUUUGCUUUCUCCUUCAGCAUUUUUUUUCUCCUGUGUUGAUUUGUUUAGCUUAGUUUUUGUGAUGUGGUAACACCAGACCUGUUUCUCAGUCUCUCCCUCCUGGCAAGCGCGUUUGUGUUCUGUCGUUGGUCACUUAGCCCCAAACAGAGCCAUAGCUCCGAAGUGUGUUCUAGUUCCUUAAAGUGUGUCUGGUCAGGAUGCGCAUACUCAUGUUCGUCUCUGUGUGUAUGCAUGUUGGGCCAAAUGACCGAUCAAUACACAAGGGUGGGUGUGUGUGUGUGCGUGUGUGCGUGCGCGUGCACAACAAAGUGGCCAGGCCAGGGGGUGAUGCUCCUGGCCGAGUCUGAAAUGUCUGCAUUGAAAAUCAGUGCUUCACAAAAAAUGAUAACCUAGAAUUUUCUUUAUACUCACUUAAAAAGGGCUGCCUUUAUCUCUCUCGUUCUUUCUCUUGUACAUAGUUUAGGUGAAGAACAGAAUAUAUAUAUAUAUAUAUAUAUAUAUAUAUAU